CGAGCAGUCUCAAGUCUCUAAUAGAGACGAAUCUGUGGUGAAAUCUAUUUUGUGACUGUUUGGUAUUCUGGCGAGUUUGUCUCAUCUCUAAUUGAGCAGUAUCAGUCUCUAACUUGUUAUAAGCUUUACACCAGGUCAUAGAAAAACAAGAGCACAAUAAUGGCUAAUGAAGUUGAACUAUUUUAUCUUAUGAUGAAAAAAUGAGAGGAGGAAAAGAGAUAAUCUACAUUCGCAGGCACAAUCUGACUGUUUUGCGAAACAAAGAAAAUCCGUUUUCAUACGAAGGGAUUCAUUUAGGAAGCUCUUUCGAUUUCCAAAAUCUUUAUGCUGGGAUCUCAUUCAUCAACUCAAGCCGUAUGACCAACAGCAAACAUCUGUUCCAUUUGAACUUCGGUUCUAUAUUUUUUAUGCAAUGGCUUAAACCAGUGUUGCGUGGGAAAUGGAUAUUUCGCGGGGAUGAGCCACGGUGGGUUGGCUCCGGUAUAAUCGACCAUAUUUGUAAAUUGGUGGUGAAGCGUAAACACGGCGAAGUGCGUUUUCCUAAUUCUGUUGAAGAAUACAAUAGAAUUAAGACUGGAUUUUAUUCGAAAUUUGGAAUAAAGGGUGUAAUUGGAGCAAUUGAUUGCACUCAUGUUGGCAUAAUUGCACCUGCCUUGUCAAACACAGUUGUACCGCAUGAUUAUAUGAACAGAAAAGGUUAUUAUAGCAUUAAUGUUGAAGCGGUUUGUGACGAUGAACUAAUUUUCCGGCACGUGAAUGCAAAAUUUCCCGGUUCAUGUCAUGACUCCGGUAUAUGGACUACUUCGCCAGCAAGGAUAAAGUUUAUAAGAGAACACUCUGAUGGAGCUUUUAAAUGGCUUUUGGGUGAUUCGGGAUAUCCAUUGGAGCCAUGGCUUCUUACACCGGUGACAAACCCUGAAACACCAAAUGAACAAAAUUUCAAUACCAGGCAUAUAAUGAAACCGAAAUAUUGUCAGAUCAAUCACCUCCUGAAAAUGUGGGAGCAAUAUCUGAAAUCCAUUCGGGGGAGUAUUACACUCGAGGCAGAGCAGCACGUCAAAGGUUCAUUAACACAUUAAAUAAUUAAAAUUCUACCAAUAUAUAC